CUCAACUCAACUCAACUCAACUCAACUUAUCUCAUCAGAAUUGGUGACUAAACAUCAGUAAUGUUUGAUCCAGAAAGUCAGGAGAGUUAUUUCUGACUAAAUUACCAUAAUCAUCUGUUCUUUUUUUUUUCUCCACAAAUGACAAGAGAAUUUAACAAUUUAACAAAGCUAAUCUUAAUAAUGUGCUAACUUGCAUCGAUUACAAUUUUCAAAGGCCAAACCGAAAAGAUCCCAAGUCGAACACAAAACCACAUAAAAUUUCGAAGGAAAAACACAAAACUGAAACAGAAUUACUUUUUCCUUUUCCCUCCUUUCCCACGCAAGGCCUUGUUGGUGUCGUUUUUUAUCUGCAUGUUUUCAGGCAAAGGCAAAAUGUGGUCCACACACUUUCUGAAGCUGAAAUCAUCGGUCGACCCAUCUUCCUUAGUCAAGAAAAAACAGCGGCUCUUAAACUGAGGAUGAAAACGGACUUGAAAAGCUUCAAUCCCUUUCCCGAUUUUCCUCUCAGCAUCUGUGUGGCCCUUCUGGAGGAGUUCCAGCAGCAUUAUGUGUUCAUACUUGUUAAUGUUGAGAUUAGUCGGCCAAGCAUGAAGAAGCUUAUAGAAGUAAUCAAAGAUCUCCACGGACGACCCGAACGUUUUCGGGCCGACUGUGGCACGACCCAAUCCCUUCACAUCCUUCUCCAUUUUCCCAUUACCGUCUCCCGAGCUCUCGACGGUCUUCGCAUCCUCAAUUUUCGCUUUUUUCUCUCCCUUUUCGUCCGGCUCCACUUCUUCCUCUCUGGCGCGCUUCGAGCCACCGUCUUCGAAAUUCUCCUCCGCCGGCACCACCGUAUCGGCGGCGGCUUCCGGUUUCGGUUCGUGUUCCGUUGGGACCUGGGGAGCCGACUCGUCCGCCAUUAGUGAGGUUGUUCGAGCAGUGAACUUAAACCCUAGGCUUACUACACCUCUGUUUCUUCUUUUUUUUUUCAUCUUCUCUCACAACGUUGUCGUUUAUGGGCCCAUUCCGUUACAACUUCAGGUUAAUUUGAGUCCAAGCAAGGCCCAUUUUCAAUAAUAGUCCCAGCCCAAAUUCCACUAGUUUCGGGUCAAGUUGUGGACUUUGAGCAAAAUUAGCGCCAUAGACCAUUUUCUCUCUCGCUCGCUACUCGCCACAGUUCCUCUGACCUCCUCAGCACGAGCAGUUGGCCGGCCCUGACAACUCACCGAGCCACCGCCGGCCGGAGGGUACCGUAUUGCAAAGGGCGCCUACAGUGUCGCUGUUAGGAUUAGGAGGUAGAAGUCACUGGGGAAAUUAUGGCGGUUGACAAGAGCAAGCUUGAAGAAGAAGCAUGUGUCAAUCGAUUCUAUAAGAUAGUCCUCAGCUGGGAUUACCUUCGUCUGUUGAAAGAGUCCGAUAAGAAAAACUAUGAUAAAAAGGCUGGGGACGAAAGUGCUGGCGGAUUGAAGGAAGUGAAGAAUUCAUAUGUAGACGUUGAUGAAUAUCUUGCUACCUUUGAGCCAUUACUUUUUGAAGAAGUUAAAGCUCAGAUUGUUCAAAGAAAAGAUGAUGAAGAAGAAACUCAGUGGGAGCAAGUACUUGUGAAAGAAUGCAGUGAAGUCGAUGGUUUUCAUUGUCCUACAUUCAUGUGUGAUGAUGACAUGUCAGUAUCUCAGAAUGAUCUUCUAUUGUUGUCGACUAAGAAGUUUGGAGAAGGCAAACAGUUACCUACAACAUAUGCGUUUGCCAUAGUCGAGCAUCGUCAGAAAUUUGAAAUUAGACUUCGGCUUUUUCUGAGUGGAGAAGUUAAAGCAUAUAAUACUGAUGACGUUCAAACUUGCUCUAGGCUGUUAAGUAUGCUUCCAGUUGUCAGUAAAGAGCAAAACAUUUUGCAUGUCCUGAAGAUUUGCAGCUUAUCAACUAUAGUCCGUGAAUAUGUUGCUAUGCGCUCCAUUAGCUCUCUCCCUUUCAAAGAUUUGAUAUUGACAGCUGCUGAACUGGUCAAUAAUACUGAAGACCGUGCAUGGAAACUUUCUAGAACUCUAGCCGAGUUUAUUGAAAGCAAUCAUAAUAAGUCACAGCUUGAAGCUAUAUAUGUGACUGUCUUCUUUUACUUUACAUCUCUGACAGAGCUUCCUCUGGAUGUGUUUCAGGCUGGUCUUUCACGUCAAUCCUUUGUUUUGAUACAGGGGCCCCCAGGGACAGGAAAAACACAAACCAUCCUUGGACUUCUUAGUGCCAUUUUGCAUGCUUCGCCAUCUAGGGUUCACUCCAACAAGGAAAAACUGAUUGGAGUUAAGCGCGGGCCAGAAUUGCCUAUUCAUGAAAAAUAUAAUCACUGGGGAAAAGCAUCUCCAUGGUUAAGUGGUAUCAAUCCUCGAGAUGCAAUCAUGCCUAUAAAUGGUGAUGAUGGAUUUUAUCCCACAUCUGGAAAUGAGUUGAAACCAGAAGUGGUCAAUUCCAGUCGCAAAUAUCGUGUCCGUGUUCUAGUAUGUGCUCCAUCAAAUUCUGCACUCGACGAGAUUGUCUUGCGUAUACUAAAUACGGGCAUUCGUGAUGAAAAUGGUCAUUCAUACAACCCUAAAAUCGUGCGUAUUGGUCUUAAACCACACCACUCAGUCCAGGCUGUUUCCAUGGAUUACUUGGUAGAGCAAAAACUCUCAGGCGUAGACUCUCAUACUGGUGACAAGCAGAGGCAAGGUGGUGGAUCAAAUGAUAGAGAUAGUAUUCGUACAUCUAUACUGGAUGAAGCAGUAAUUGUUUUCUCCACUCUGAGCUUCAGCGGGUCGUCUCUUUUCAAUAAAUUAAACAGGACUUUUGAUGUAGUCAUAAUUGAUGAAGCUGCUCAAGCUGUGGAGCCAGCAACCCUUGUUCCACUUGCCAAUGGAUGUAAACAAGUAUUUUUGGUAGGGGAUCCGGUUCAGUUGCCAGCCACAGUAAUUUCUCCUGUUGCGGAAAAAUAUGGAUACGGAAUGAGCCUAUUUAAAAGAUUCCAGAGGGCUGGCUAUCCAGUACAGAUGCUGAAGACCCAAUAUCGGAUGAAUCCAGAGAUUAGGAGCUUCCCUUCUAAGGAGUUUUAUAACGAAGCAUUAGAGGACGGUCCCGAUGUUGAAAGUCAGACCAAACGCUCGUGGCAUAAAUUCCGCUGCUUUGGGCCGUUUUGCUUUUUCGACAUACAUGAAGGGACCGAAUCCCAACCAUCGGGAAGUGGUUCUUGGGUGAAUGUCGAUGAGGUCGAUUUUGUCCUCUCUAUGUAUGGUUCUUUGGUCAGCAGAUAUCCAGAGCUCAAGUCCAGCUCUCGACUCGCCAUCAUAUCACCAUACAGACAUCAAGUCAAACUCUUCAGAGAAAAAUUCCGGAGCAAUUUCGGUGUGGAGUCUGAUAAAGUUGUAGACAUCAACACUGUUGACGGGUUUCAGGGACGUGAGAAGGAUGUUGCUAUCUUUUCAUGUGUUCGAGCGAGUAAAGAUAAAGGCAUUGGCUUUGUUGCUGAUUUUAGACGAAUGAAUGUCGGUAUUACUAGGGCAAGGUCUUCUGUUCUGGUCGUGGGUUCGGCAACAACUUUGAAACGAGACGACCAUUGGAAGAACCUCGUUGAAAGCGCUGAGAAGAGGAAAGUGUUGUUCAAGGUUUCGAAGCCGUACUCGGAGUUUUUCAGUGAGGCAAACCUGAAAACAAUGGAAGUAAAGGAAGAUAGUAUGGUGGGGCCUAGUGAUGAUAUGGAUAUGGACGUGCCCUUUAGUAUCGAUGCUAAUGCCGCUGAGAAUGUCGACUGGGGAGAUGCUGGAGAUGAUGGUGAUGAUGGGGACUUUGGUGGUGAUGACUAAAUUUGCUUUUGCAUAUGUGGGAAAAGAUAGCAAAUUUUGCUUCAAUUGACAAAUCUUUAGCUACACAGUUAUUUUUCACAAAAUUGGUGUACAUUGCAUAAACUUGUAGAUUCAAGUUUUCUAAGUUUUCUUGAUAAGUUUGCGUAUUGGGUUGAAUUGGAAAUUAUUGUUCUACCUGGAAAGUUUAUGUAAUGUAUACCAAAGGGUACUUCCUAUCUAUUUACCGAUCAAGAAUAUAUGCAGUAAAAAAUAACAAAUAUCAAAUUAUGUAACAUAUUUUACCGUCCUUG